CAAGUGUGGGCAACAUAAAUUUGAAUAACAACAAAAAGAAGUUUUUAUCUUGCAGCUGUAAGGAAAAACUUAAAAAUUAAUAAAAAAUGUAAUUUUGAAGCAGUUAUGUAAAUUUAGAUGCCAAAAGCUUAUUUUAUAUAAAGUACGUACAUUAAAUUAUACUUGUGAAAGUGGUGAAGAAACAAGAGCUUUAAUCUGAUUUUAACCUCACUUUGUACAAGUUUUUAAUAUGUACUUAAAAAGCAAUUUAAAUCAAACUGUUGUACCCUUAAGUAUAUUAAAUCAAGAAUGGACUUACAGAGGAGAAGGGAACGCAAAUUUAGUGUUGUCUCUGCCAAACUUAAGGAAAAUAGUUAAAAUUCGUAAAACAGAGAAGCCAGUAACAUUAGUGCAGUUUCUAACAGAAUGGCUAUUCAGAUACGUACUUUGGACUGAUAAGAUUGAUGCAUAUAGUGAAAGAGAUCUCAUGUUCUAUUCAGACUUAAUGGUUCAUUUAAUAGGGGGUAGUUUUGUUUCUCCAGCUGUCCCAGUUAUAAUUACUAAGAAAGAAAUUUAUGACUUGAGUAUUAUCUUAAAAUCAGAAAGACCAGAAUGCCGUAAAAACAAAAAUAUUCAAUUUGGAAGAGCAUCUUUGCUUCCUGAUUAUGCCUUUUUACCAAAAGAAUGGGAUUCUGCUUUAACUGGGCCUACACUAGCAAUUGAAAUAAAACCAAAACAAGGUUGGGUUCCCUUCUAUGAUAGACAAUGUGAGAAAUGCCCCUUUUGCUUAAACCAAUAUGUUAAACUUAAAAAUGGCAGUAUUAAAAAUAUAAGUGGCUAUUGCCCCUUAGAUUUAUUUUCAGGGAGCAAAACAAGAAUGAUAAAUGCUUUGCACUGCCUUCUGAACAACCCUCAAAAUAAUUUUCGUGCUUUUAAGGAUGGUAUUUGUGUUUAUGAUGAAUGUUCACCCUUUGAAAAUAUGUAUAAAGUAGUUAAAGAAAUAUUCCAACAGAACCAAACUACUAAAAAUAGUUUGGAUGUAUUUAUUAAUAUGUUAUGUGAGUUAUUACUUAAACCACAUUGUUACAACCAGAAAGACUUUGGAAACUGUGAUAUUACCAUAAAUAAUGUUGAACAUUCCCUACUUAUUAAGGAAGAUAGUAAAAUUAGUACAAAAUGCGAUUUUACCCAUCAUGAUCUGCCAAGUUUUUGCGUUUUAGAACGAAUUUUAGCAUUACAAAUGAUCGACUUGGCCGGUUUAAAAAAUAAUUUCUUGUUGUAUAAGUACUUAAACAGUAAAAGGACUUUGGAUAACUGGGAAUAUAUUGAUAAAAUUUGUAAACUGAUUAGCACUAACAAACCGAAAUGCCCGAAACGUAUUUUAAUGGACUAUGAAAGGAAAUUUGUGGAAAUGAUUGGAAAAGGAGAUGGAGAGUGUUACUUUGAUGAAAUGGACGAAAUUUAUUUGGUUCCUUACAUUGUGGCUAGUAUUGCUAACGAUUGUUCUUUGAUGGUUACUAUGAGAAAAGUCAAAAAGGAAAGACAAGGCAUUGAAAAUAUUCCCGAAGACUGUAUAUUUGAUUUUGGUGAUAAUGGUCAGUUUGCUGUUAAUUUUGGAAUAUUCGAUUUGUACCCUAAACCCUUAUCUGUGAUCCAAAAACACAAGACUAGAAAUGAAAGGCGACAAAGUGCUUAUCGACAGAUUACAAGUUAAUUAUGGACGUAUUAUUUUACUAUUAUUCUCGUAAAUGCCUGCGUUAAAUACUCAUAAAUAAUAAGUUUUAUUUUUGUUACGUUAAUGAUUUACGUUCAUAUUUACAAAUUGCAAAAAAAGAACGGGAGGAAAGAUUUAACAAUAACUGCCUUUUAAAUAAAAAAAACUAGAAAAUACUUUGUAAGUAAAUACUUAGAAACUGUAAUAAAAGUUAAUUAUCUUUAUAAAUAACAAAUUGCAUAUUAGAACAAUUCUUAUGUAUUAUGUGUGCGUGUAGGUAGACAGAUAAUUAAUGAACAUAAUAUAAUAAACUGU